GGCGUCUGCGCCGUUUCCAAACUUCCAGUCCCAAAAUGCUUCAGGCCGGAGCGCGGAGCAGCAUGAGCAGGUAAACACGGAGCUGGUUUCGACGGAGUUGGAUUCAUUCCUCAUUGAUCCCAGUCCUGGAAAACUUCUCAUGUCGAAGGAACAUGGCAGCAGAAAGAAGGCCGUUUCGUCGCGUGGGUAGCCUCAUGAGGAGCAGAUCCGAGGGCACGCUCAUUGACCUGGAUGACACAGUCUCGACCGAUAAGCUAAAAGGUGGAUACGCAUCUCAGGCGAAGCAGAGCUCCGGGUGGCCUCCUCUGCAGCCGGAAUUGAACCACUCAUCUCAAACCAGCAACCCUUUCUGGCACAAACUGAACGGAUCUAACCCCUUCCUGGACGACAUUGUCCGCCACUCUGACAUCGCGUCGGACACAGAGAGGCAGAACGUGAACCACGUGAGCACGAACAAUGGCGACACGACUAGCACGUCAUCGGACGAGGGCGGCAUGGGCACGUUUCUGGCCAACAAGAACAAGCCCAGCUACCAGUCUGGGCGGUGGAGGAGCGCGUCCGACAUUCUGGGGGACUUGGAGAGAAAAGCGCCCAAGCAGGAGGUGAGCUCCACGCCCCCUCAGCCGGUGCUCAAUCCAGAUUUCGAGUGGCUGAAGAAUGACAGGGAGGCCUACAAGAUGGCCUGGCUGAGCCACAGACAGCUGACCCGGUCCUGUCUGGACCUGAAUCUGAUGAGCCAGAGUCCCGGCUGGGCUCAGACUCAGGCCACCAACUUUCAAGUCAUCAGCAAGAUCGGCCACUCCGGAGGCUCGGUCCGGCUGACGGACUCAGACAUCAGUAUUCACAUCCCACAAGGUCACGUUCCUCCAGGAGAAGUUCAGGAGGUGACUCUGAAGGCCAUGCUGGACCCCCCUCCUGGACUCAACAACAACUACAUGACCACCAUGAGCCCGCUCUUGGAGGUAGUGCUCAGCAACAUCAACACAAAGGAGUGCAUCUCUCUGGAGAUUAAACUGUCCGGGGAGGUGAAGAGCGACCCCCUGAGUCAGGUCAUGACCAACGUGGUGGCCCUGCUGUCCAGCAAGAGGGACGGCCCCUAUGUCAAAACCAGCGACUGCCAGGUGAAUAAAAACAUGAUGCAGAUGAAGCUCCGUGACCUAAAGACGCACUUCUACAUGAUCGCGGUGGCGGAGGCGUCAGUGCUCCAGUCACCGGCCACGUCGGUGUGGGAUUACCUCGACCGCCAGAUCACCGUGGCCCUUUACGGCCCCAGGUACAUCCAUCCGUCCUUUAAAGUGGUGAUCGUGGUCUGCUGCCACGAGAGCGUUCCGUCCAAGCUUCCCUUCUCAGACAUCUGCAAAGGCAACAAGCACGUGCCGCCGCUGGUGCUGCAGCUGUGGGGAACUCACCACUUCAGACCUGCGGCCCUGCAAAACCUCACAGGCUCCACGUUCACGAUCAGAAGCGAGGACAAGCGGAAGGAGGUCAGGCAGAGCCAGCUCAAAAUUGGGACCGUUCUGCAUUUACCUGUUGCUUUGUCUUGUCCUAGCAAUGUGACAAUGAACCCCUUUAAGUUAGACCUGCUGGUAAGAGAGUCGGGUAAAGACCCCAUCGCCCAAUUCCAGAUUCCCUCUCCGCCCACUGCGCCCAUCAGAUCUGAGAAGAGAGUUACCAAGUCCAUAGACAAGCGAGGUGAGGCCACCAUCCCAGAGGAAAGUGUCCCAAACAUCCCCAGGUUUAAAAACCGACCUGUGGAUGUGCGUUUAUACGGCGUGGCCCUCAAGUCCGUCCUGCGGCAGCCUCGCAUGGAGUACCUGCUGGAGUACUUUAAAGGGGACACGGUGGCGCUCUUGUCCAAGGACCGGGUCCGGUCAGUCGGGAAUUUAAAGGAAAAGGACUGGUACAUCGGCUUCCUCCGAGGCAGGACUGGUCUGAUCCACUGCAGAAACGUCAAGCUCAUCAGUAAAGACCAGGUGAUGGACUUCACUGGCGUCCAGGUCAGCACCGAGGCCCUGCUGGACAACCUGACUCUGCCCUUCAACAAGCUCACCUACAUGUACUCCGCCAUCCAAACCCUUAUCACGGAGCACAUCACCAGCUGGAGGGUUUUCGCCGACGCGCUGGGAUACUACGACCUGUCGCUGGACACCAUCACUCGCCGAGUCGCCGAAACGGAGGACGACAAAGUGGCGUGUGUUCUGGAGAAGCUGAAGGAAGACUGCCACGCCGAGAAGAGCAGGAAGAAGUUCUUGCACGAGCUCAUGGUGGGUUUGUUGAAGAUCGACUCGGUGAAUCUCGUGGCCCAGCUGAUCCAGAACACGGUGAUCCUGUCGACCGCUGUGGAGCUGGGGAUUCGGUGGCGCGAACUCGCCGAGAAGACGGGAAAGCUGAGCCAGGCUCAGAUCGCUGCCUACGAGGCGCCGCACCAGGGAAAGAAUGGCGUCAUCAUCCCUCAGGCCAUGUGGAAGCCGGCCUACGACUUCCUCUUCUCCUGGAGUCAGUGCUACGGCAACAGCUACAGGGACAUGAUCCAGGAUCUUCACCUGGUUCUGGACAAGAUGAAAAACCCGGUCACCCGGCAGUGGCGGGAGCUGACCGGGGCUCUCAUCACCGUCAACUGUCUGGAGGUCUUUCGCGCCGCCGCCCACCCGAAGGCCUGAGCCUGAUGACGAAACCCUUCACGCUUAACAAAGAAUGGAGAUUGUCAGGUUUAGCUGCAAGCUGUUGCUGAACUCACUCUGUGAGCGGUUAGUUAUUAGCAUGCACACUUGUAGACUCCACCUGACAUGUACCUUUGACCCUUUGGGCCCAGGAAGUGGCCCCGAAAGACAAGCAUAUUCAUAGAAUACAUGAGCAGGAUCUGACUUAUGCUGCGAGCCAGCAGACCAGAAUCAAGACCCGCCUCUCUUUCUCCACUGCACUUGCCCAUAAAACUAUUAGCAACAGAGGCUCGACAACAAGAGCCAAACCUGGACUUAACGGCCCAGAUCUGCAGCACUCGUCCAUGUUGCGUCACACAAUUUUGAUCAAUGAAACGCGAACCUAAGAGAUGCACUAGAUUUGAUCGGCAAAAGAACAUGGCGGCGGUGAAGCGACCACUAAGAAGGCCUGAGUCUUUCAAUGUGACAUUGACUGAAGUUACCAUGGAAACUGCUAGAAGGCUGAUGGUCGACUCAAUUAAAUACCGAUUGAAAGCUCACUAAAAGUAGCCCAGUGUUUGUCGAUGUCAUGUGGCACAUGAGAGACAUGUAGCAAGGUUAUCCAUGUCAGCAAAUCUAGUGUCUGGUCGGUUUUCAGAGAAAUAGAACUACUUUCCAUCAAGGUUCUGCUGGGCUCCCGCAUGAGUCUUUUCACUAACAGUUCAAACGUGUGCCUCAAUUAUUUAAGUGGCGACUGCUAUUAUCCCACAGACGGAGGAGCGACACACUCCAACCACAGGAAUUCAGCAACACACUCAUCUUCAGAAUCUGUUUUUCAGAGGUUGUUCACAGGGUUGAACUGCUCAUGGAAACGUCUCUCACGUCAACAUCAAAGCGCACGGCAUCACAGCAUCUCAACUUUCAGAUCUCCUCAAGACUUAUACGAACUAAAAGUAUCAUUUUCCAGGGCAUUAUGAGACACUCACUUGUGCAGCAUGUACUUACUGUGACUAUAAUGACUUCACCGCCAGUAUACGUCCGAACAGUGUUUAAAACGGUGCCAUGUACAGUUGACAGUUGUGUGAAAACGUGUGGUAAUAAUGUAAAAACUGUGACGCCUGUUGGUGUGAAUCACAGUGAAAUAAAGAGG